AUGGAGGUGGACAACGACCUUCCAUUACUGGAAGAAGAUGAGAUAAGCCUCUGUGAUUGCAUAGACAAUGAUGGGAACAUCAACCUGGAGAAAUAUCGCUUAUACAUGAGCCAAGAAGAUGAUAAGGAGGACUUGGAAGAGUCCAAGCUACAGUCGUUCUACAUGGAAGACAGCGACAGUGAGGGAGAAACAACAAAAGCCACCAGAGGCAGUUCAACAUCAAGGAAACGCAGAACGGUCAAAUCAAUCAAGCCGUACUACUUCGAUUCAGAAGGAAAUAAAGUUACUUUGGUGCCAAAACAGACAGUUUGGUAUCUCAUGUAUGUGGUGUCGCCUGCCCUGGAUUGCCCCAAAUUCAUGAAGAAAUUCAGAAGGAGGUUCCGAUUGCCAUACUCAGAAUAUUUGGACCUUCUCGAAACCACCGAGAGCAACGACAUGUUUCGGCGAUGGCGAUCUAAGGAUGCCACUGGCAAAGAAUCUUCCCCUUUACAAUUAUUGGUCUUGGGGGCACUUCGAUACCUUGGCAGAGGACUUACCUUUGACGAUCUCGAGGAAUACACGGCCAUAAACGAAGAGACUCAUCGCCAAUUCUUCCACGUAUUUAUCCAAUUUGGCGAAGAAGUGCUUUAUCCCUUGUACGUAACCAUGCCACGCACUGCCCAGGAGUUGAAGAGUCAUCGAAAAGAAUUCGAUAUUGGGGGGCUUUAUGGAUGCGGUUGGUCCAGUGAUGCAACAAACGUUGUAAUGUGGAGAUGUUCGCACAACCUGAAACAAGCCAACACAGGAUUUAAACAAUCGCACCCUGCCAGAACAUACAAUCUGACAUGCAACCAUCGUCGAGAAAUACUGCACACAACAAAAGGGCACCCGUCUCGCUGGAAUGAUAAGACAUUGGUGCUCUUCGAUGAUUUCAUUACCGGCAUUCACGAAAAUAGAAUACUGCAAGAUGUCAAAUUUCACCUGUUUUCUUGGUCUGGCGAAGUCGGCAACUCACAAGUGGAAUACACAAAUUACAGUGGAGCAUGGGGUCUUGUUGACAACGGAUAUCACAGAUGGGCUUGCACACAAGCCCCUGCCAAGAUGAGCUUUCUGCGAUCAGAACAGCGCCUCAGCGAGUGGAUUGAAUCAUUCCGGAAGGACGCAGAGUGCACCUUUGGCAUCCUCAAAGGUCGAUUCAGAAUUCUGCGAACUGGCAUUCGCUUGGACGGGCCAGAGGCCGCAGAUAGAAUCUGGCUGACUUGUUGUGCUCUUCAUAACAAGCUUCUCAAGGCAGAUGGUUUAUUGGAUGAAUGGGAAGGUGCAAGGGGCGAAAAUGAUGUUGACGACAUGAGAAGAUUUGCACCUUUCGCACUGCAGAGAUUGAAUGACAAUCAACUUCGUAGUUUUGGUGGCAGAGAGCACGAACGAGAAUGUAUUGACGAAGAGACCCGAAGACGUGCCACGAACAGCUUGCGAGGAGAGGAAGAAGAAAGUGCACAGGAAGAAGAGGAUUUGCAUGAAGACGAUGAUUAUUUGGCGGGACAACCCCAGCAAUAUGCGAUUGAUGGGAGCAUUCUGGUCAAUUCGCUCUCAUACGACGACUUUCGAAACAGAUUGGUGGAGCAUUUCGACAUUCUGUGGAGGAGACAUCGAGUGAAAUGGCCAGAAAGGAAAAUAUCUAAUAACUAA